AUGGUGAGUGUGACAGACCGUUGCUGUGAUGACACAGCAGGUGAUGAUGAGUGUUGUCAGAUGGUGAGUGUGAGAGACCGUUGCUGUGAUGACACAGCAGGUGAUGAUGAGUGUCGUCAGAUGGUGAGUGUGACAGACCGUUGCUGUGAUGACACAGCAGGUGAUGAUGAGUGUUGUCAGAUGGUGAGUGUGGGAGACCGUUGCUGUGAUGACACAGCAGGUGAUGAUGAGUGUCGUCAGAUGGUGAGUGUGGGAGACCGUUGCUGUGAUGACACAGCAGGUGAUGAUGAGUGUUGUCAGGAUGACGUCGGAAAGUUAAUCAUGCGAGUAAAGACUGACAAGGAAUAUAAAAGACUGCAAGAAAAACGUGAUAAUCUGUGCGAGUGA